AUGUCCCCAUAUCUCCAUGUUCCCUGUUUGGGGUCCCUGUGGUCGCAGCGGGACAAAAAGGGGCGGCGCUGCGGCUGUCCGUCUGUCCGCGCCACCGUCCGCCACUUCAACCGCGUGGCCGCCGCCGUCGUCACCUCCUGCCUGGGGGGCGCCGGGCUGCGACCCCCCCAGAGGGCGCGGCUGCUGGAGAAGUGGAUCAGGGUGGCACAGGAGUGCCGCGCUCUGCGCAAUUUCUCGUCGCUGUGCGCCGUCAUCUCAGCCCUGCAGUCCAACCCCAUCCAUCGCCUGCGCCUCGUCUGGGGGGAGAUCAGCCGCGAUGCGCAGCGCAGCUACGAGGAGCUCCGCGCGCUCUGCUCCGAGCAGGACAACUUCAGCGCCAGCCGCCGCCUGCUGCUCACGGACGCCCCCCAGGACCCCCCCAGCCGCCAGCCUCACAUCAGCCCGGAGCAGCGCCCCCCCGUGGGCGUCGUGCCCUAUUUGGGGACGUUCCUGCGGGACCUGGUGAUGCUGGACGCCGCCAUGAAGGACGAGGUGGAGGACGGAUGGAUCAACUUCGAGAAGCGCCGCAAGGAGUUCGAGGUGCUGGCGCAGCUGCUGGCCCUGCAGUCCUCGUGCCGCUCGUACCGCCUGCAGCCCCGGCCCCAUUUCCAGCGCUGGCUGUGGGGGCUGCGAGUCCUGCCUGAGGGGCACAGGUGGGGGGGCUGUGGGGUGGGUGCGGGGUGUCCUUGUGGGGUGGGGGACGGUACGACCCUAUGGGGUAGGGGUAUAACCCUAUGGGGGGGGGUAUAACCCUAUCGGGUGGGGGUACGGCACUAU